CCACACAGUAACACAACAGAAAAAGGAGCAAAUCACCCAAACACGGUGGAUUAUACCUUCUCUAUCUCUCUUGAACCGCUGAGGAUGGGAUUCGUGAGGCCAGCAAAGUCCAAGAAAAGGCUCAGAACGCCAACCAGUAGGCCGUCUAAGCGGCAGAAGAAAGACGGAGCAGCUUCAACGUCAUCAUCAGAAUGCCCAUCAGCUACCUCAUCACGUCCUACAACCCCAGCACAGGGUGUCACGGUCGAGGUGCCCACAGGCUCGAUCCUUGAAAGGCUCCCUGUUGAGAUUCUACAGGAAGUGUUCGUAUUCUCUGGUGUUUCAAGCUUGCCACUGACUUGUAAGUCCAUCAACAGGUCUUUAAGGCCAUCACAUUCUCUACGACUGGCCAUGUUGAAAACCUUUGUGUAUGAUCUCAACUGCAAAGUACGAACCGAUGCCUACAAGACGGCAUUUGCACUUGAUAGAGACUGUCUACAGUACAAGUUUGUGAAUAGCAAAGUCCUCAAAGAGAUCAACUUUGACAUUGUAUUGCCGAUGCGCUCCAUCGUUGCAGAGUCAAAGAAUAGGCUCAUGCUCCAUUACGACAGUUUGAACAAGAGGCUCCUAGAGACGCUCUAUUUGAACAAUGCCGAUGCUGACGAGAUCAACAGAGAGUUGGCUCGAAUGACGGAGGAGAGGUCUUCCAUGGAUGACAUUCAGACCGAAGAUUUACCCUCUGCUGAAGAAUUUGAGGACUAUCCAGAGAGGUUCUAUACGCACUUCUCUCAAAACCACAUUGAAAUGGCUGAGACGCUGUACAACACAGGGAUGAGGUUUAAGGUGAGUGGCAAGGUGAUGUCGAUGGCUAUAAGCGAACACUGUGACGUGAAGACGUUAUCAAGGAUACUGAAAUGUACAGAAACCGGCACCAUAACCUCUGUGGAGCCUGUUAUCAGUGCCUUUGCAAACGACGAUCUUGCAACAGUUGAGUGGUUGUUGGAAAUGAAAGCUGAUGAUGCUGAUCUCAUCAACAAUGAUGACUUGUGGAUAUGGAUAGGUCAAAAGAAACGUACCAAGUUCCUCAAGUUUUUAACAGAUAAAGGUGCAAAUCCUAGUCAUGGCAUCAUCGGUGCCAUAUCAAACAAUUUGCACGGUUAGUUCUUGAUCUAAUACACCAAAUGGGUGUAUAACACUACACUCUUGGAUUGACAACUAUGAAUCACU